CAACUUUAUAGACAGAUUCAUUUCUUCUUUUCCUCCAUUGUUGACUUUGUAUAUACAAAAUAUUCUCCGGAUUUCGAUUUCCUGAUCCAUUCCGACCAAAAAGGAAAAGAGAAACAAGAGAGAGAUUCAUUCCCAUUUUUUGUUUGAUUGGAAUAUCGCAUUUUCAGAGAACAAAUCAAGAUCUUUUAGGGUUCACAGAAAGCGCUUCCUUGGAGGGAUAAAUAAUAGUACUGGUAAUUUAGGUUUUGCUUCAGGGAAAGAAAGAAAUGAGAGCGAAAGUGGUGGUGUUUCCGGUGAGAGGAAGAAAUUGGUGCUUUUCGACGACUGUUCAGCCUUUGCCUUCGGAUUCAGCCACUUCAGUAACUCCUUCAUCUCUCAAAGAACUCUUCUCCAAGAUCUCUUUCUCAAAUCCGAAACCUUUCGUCUCCAAUGCUGAACUUCUCAUUGAUUUCGUCGCUAACAAGAUGAAUAAAGGUUGGAUGGGUCUGGAGAAGGCGCCCAGAGGGACUUUCAAAAACAAGAUUCAUGGGUUGGGAUUGCGGCUCUUGGCUCGGGUAAAGCCGUCUGAGAUGUUCUUCAAAUCUAUUCCUAAGGAUGUUACAGCUGUUGAAGUCACUUACCCUGCAAGUUUAAAUCCACGGCUUGUGCGUCGAAGACUACAACAUAUUGCCCUGAGGGGAACCGUUAUACACAGGAGAUACUUCUAUGGUUCUGUUUCGUUGCUUCCGUUGACCACUGCAUUCACUGUUUUACCGUUGCCAAAUAUUCCAUUCUUCAGGGUCUUGUUUCGCACCUACUCACAUUGGCGCGCUCUGCAGGGAAGUGAGCAGCUCCUUCAGCUAGUCUCAGAUGGAUCUCAGAAUUCAAAUUCCGUCGAGGGAGAUGACAUUAAGUCCACCUUCUCUGAGCAUGAUUUGAAAAGGUUGCUCAGUUCUGCAUGGGUGUUGCAGCCGUCAAAGGAGCUUGAAGAACUUAUUCAACGGGGAAUUGAUGGUGAUGGUCUUAGUAAAACUGCAAUUUCAGAUAUUUGCAACACGUUUGAUUUGAACCCAAAUGAUGUUCUUAAGUACAGGAAUACAAUGUAGUUUACAUAGAUGUUCUUGCGAUCGGAAAUGUAACAAGAUGAGCCAACUUUGUGUUGGAAAAAAGGGAUAUUAUUAGUAUUUUUUUAACUUGCUGGAUAAAGGUGGCCUUGGAUAAUAAACAAAAAUUUCUCUUUUCACUUUUCAUGUACG